AUGCGGAGUGUGAUUCGUCAUAGAGACGUUCGAUCCUGUCACUAUGGUGUAACGGACAAAUUCCGUCUCCAAGUUUCCGAGCAAAGCCAGAGGAAGGCUUUAGGAAGGAAAGAGGUUGUGGCUACUCUUCUCCCGUCUGCAAAAGAACAACAAAAGGAAGAAGAGGAAAAAAGGAUAAAGGAACAUUUAACUGAAAGUUUAUUUUUUGAGCAGUCCUUUCAACCAGAAAACAGAACUGUCUCUUCAGGACCUAGUUUACUAACUGUCUUCCUGGGAGUGGUGUGCAUUGCGGCUUUGAUGCUUCCUACGCUGGGGGAUGUGGAAUCGCUGGUGCCUCUCUACCUCCACUUAAGUGUGAAUCAAAAAUUAGUGGCUGCUUAUAUCUUAGGUCUUAUCACAAUGGCCAUACUUAGAACAUGAGCAAGGAAUUCAGUUGACUUCUGAAGUAAAUUUAUCUUGCAAA